AUGGUCCCCCGCGCCCCCCGCGCCCCCCGCGCCCUGGCCCUGCUGCUGGCGACCGCCGCCCUCGGUGCGUACCGGGACACACGGGAUGGGCACGGGGGGGGCGGAUCCCGGGGCGGGGGGGAUCCCCCGGGGGCUGGAUCCCCUCGCUGUGGGGAGGGCUGGAGCCUGCUGUGUGUCUGGAUGGACACGCAGGGGGCAGAGAGGGCUGAUCCCCUCGGAAGGGGCUGGAUUCCAUUGCAGAGGGUGAUCCCGCUGCAGGGGCUGAUCCCGUUGUGUGGAGCGGCUGCAUCCGCAGCAGUCAGGGGCUGGAGCCCCUCGCAGAGAGAGACGGAUCCGUGGGGCGGGGAGGGGGAGGCUGGAUCCCAUUACAGGGUUGUGUCAUCCGCGUGGCCACCCCAAAACUCCAGCCCUGGCGAGGGGAGACCCUGGGAGGGCUCGUUGGAGAGCAGCCCCCCGAAAUGGGACCCGGCGAGUGGAGACCCCCCUGGGGGACCCAGCAACAGCACGGGCGCCGGGGGGGCCGCGGCAGGACCCCAGUUAGAGCCCCCCGGGGGUGGCACGGCCACCACGGAGCCCUCGGCCGUGCCCGAGGGGUGCCCGGGCUGCACCGGCGAGGGCGAGGCCAGCGCUGUGCCCCCCCGAGCCGUGACCCGGCCCGGGGACGGGGGCACGGUGCCGGUGGCCCUCGGCAGCCCCGAGGAGCCGGGCAGCGGUGAUCGGCCCACGCCGGCCUCCCCUCCCGGCCCGGGGGGCUCCGGGGGGCUGCCGGCCGCCCUGCCCAGCCCCCCCGGCCCCCAGGUCGCCACCGACUCUGCCGAAUCCGAGCUGCCGCUGGCGGCCGGGGGCUCGGCCGCGCCGCGGACCCCCGUGCCGGACGAGCCCAGCCCCGCGGCCGCCGCCGGGGGGGACUCGGGGGGUCCCCCGGAGCUCUGGGCCGCCUCCCCCAGCCCGGCCCCGGCGCAGGGAGCCCGCGGCUGGACCGACCUGACGUGGCUGCAGGAGCCCAUCACCGCCGCCACGGGCCCGGCCAAGCCCCCGGCCGAGCGGACGGGCUCGGACAUCAUCGACGUCGACUACUACGACCUGUUUGAGGGGGGCGAGGGACCGGGGGGCUUCCCCGGGGCCGGCCGGGGGGCGGCCGGCCCGGCCCGGCGGAGGGAGCCCGAGGGGGCGGCCACGCCCUGGGCCCUCCACGAGCUCUACGACGACUUCACGCCCUUCGACGACGCCGAUUUCUACCCCACCACCUCCUUCUACGCCGACGGGGACGACGAGGACGAGCUGGAGGACGAGGAGGAAGAGGAUGACGAGGAGGAAGACGGGGGGCUGGAGGACGAGAACGGCUACAGACCGCCCGGCUCGGCCGCGCCGGGCCCGCAGGACCCCCGGCCCACCGGGCACCGAGCCGCGGCCCCGCCGCCUCCGCCCGGGCUGCCCGGGGGCAGCCCCACGGCCUGGCCGCGCCCGGGGGAGCGGGGCCCGCCCGAGAACGGCUCCGAGUGCCGGAGCGGCUACGUGCGGCACAACAGCUCCUGCCGCUCCCUCUGCGACCUCGUCCCCAGCUACUGCCACAACGGCGGCCAGUGCUACCUGGUGGAGAGCCACGGGGCCUUCUGCCGGUGCAACACGCAGGACUACACGUGGCACAAGGGCACGCGCUGCGAGUCCAUCGUCACCGACUUCCAGGUGAUGUGCGUGGCCGUGGGCUCGGCCGCGCUCGUGGUGCUGCUGCUCUUCAUGCUCACCGUGUUCUUCGCCAAGAAGCUCUACCUGCUCAAGACGGAGAACAGCAAACUGCGCAAGACCAAAUACCGCACCCCGUCCGAGCUGCACAACGACAACUUCUCCCUCUCCACCAUCGCCGAGGGCUCCCACCCAAACGACGAUGCCAGCGCUCCCCACAAGCUGCAGGACUCGCUGAAAUCCUGCCUGAAGGACGAGGAGCCCUUCAACAUCCACAACUCGACGUCGCCCAAGCACGAGGGUGGCAAAGGGGAGCAGGACGUGGCGGAGCUGAACUGCCUGCAGAACAACCUGACGUGA